UCCUCAUCAGAUCCAAAACGCGACCCUCACAGAACAAAUCUCAUCCCCAAGAGGCCUCUAGAGAGAGAGAGGGAGCGAUAUCUAGAAAACGAGUCUCUUCCUUUAUAAAUCCCAUUUUACAAAUUUCUUUUCCCUCUCCAAAUCUCCUCUUCUUCUGUAUAUAUAUAAAGCCUACCCCUUUUUUCAAAUCUUUCUCUUCCAAUCAUUUGGGGCUAACGAAACCCUAGAUUUGAGAUUCCGAACUGCAAACUAGCGAAAGAGAAUGGCUGAACAAGGAAUGGAAGGGAGCCAGCCAGUUGACCUUAGCAAGCAUCCUUCAGGGAUCGUUCCAACUCUUCAAAACAUUGUAUCGACAGUGAACUUGGACUGCAAGCUUGAUCUUAAAGCCAUAGCUUUGCAGGCUCGUAAUGCUGAAUAUAACCCCAAGCGUUUUGCUGCGGUAAUCAUGAGGAUAAGAGAGCCAAAGACCACAGCUUUGAUCUUUGCUUCUGGGAAAAUGGUGUGUACUGGAGCUAAGAGUGAACAUCUUUCGAAGCUGGCUGCGAGAAAGUACGCUCGGAUUGUCCAAAAGCUUGGCUUUCCUGCAAAGUUCAAGGAUUUCAAGAUUCAGAACAUUGUAGGGUCUUGUGAUGUCAAAUUCCCCAUUAGGCUGGAAGGUCUUGCAUACUCUCACAGUGCUUUCUCAAGUUACGAGCCUGAACUAUUCCCAGGACUGAUAUAUAGGAUGAAACAACCAAAGAUAGUACUCCUUAUUUUUGUGUCUGGAAAGAUUGUUAUAACUGGAGCCAAGAUGAGAGAAGAGACUUACACCGCCUUUGAGAAUAUCUACCCAGUUCUUACAGAGUUCAGGAAAAUCCAGCAAUAAUAUAGUAUAGCCCUAUUUAUGAAAAGAAACAAAAAGCAUGUUUACAUUUGGGAUUGUCAAGAAUUAGGGAUCUCAGGAUUGUCAAGAAUUAGGGAUCUCUUGGUGAGGUUAUCAUCUUUCAACAAGGACUUGGUUUGAUCGAGAUUGAAAACCAAAAACUGUAAAUACCGAAAGGAGAUGCCAAUGUAAUCUCUCUUCUUGUUUUCUUUUUGUUCUAUGUUUCUUCCACGUAUCUUGUUUCCUGUAAUGUUUGUUUCACUGAGUAAUACCAUAGUAACUUAGAACCUCUGUGCUAACCUGUUUCAUGUAAUGUUUGUUUCAGUGAGUAAUACCAUAGUAACAUAGAACCUCUGUGCUAACCAUCUUGUAAUAAGACACCUAGACUCUGUAAUAAACUACUUUUAAGCCGA